UGCGGAGGCGUUUCCCGGAGGCACACAGCACAGAUGUUUGACUGAAUGUGGGAUUGGGGAGGAAAAUGAUGGAGUCUUGAUACGCCGAGUUUGUAAGUGAAUGUGAAAACAGCGCUGGAAUUUCCUCCUCUCGACCAGAAAAACCAUUGCUUAUCCUCAUCCUCAAAACCCUUAACUCGGUUUCUGUCAGAAAGGCUCCGAAUAUUCUGGGAAUUUUGCUUUCUAUGCUUUGGUUUGCCUCAGGAUAGUCCGCCUGGCUAAGGUUAGCCGAGGCUGCUAGCGGAUCUCUAUGGGAAUAUCCAACCAGUGCGGCUCCUUAGCUCGGUAGCGGGCUGAAUGCAGCCACGCGCCUCCCGCCGCACCGGGCGCGUUCAGCCGCCGCUGUUGCAUUAUUCACGCGGUGUAUUGACACUUGGAAACAAGGAAAACUGAAUUAUCAUGUGGAGCCGGAGUUAAUUUUGUGGUAUUUACCAAACGAUAUGAGCUAUGCAAGAGCUGUCCGUCUCCCACAUGGAUUCAACAUGCCAUUUCAUCAUGCUGAUCUGCAUUUAUCAGCAGUAAUGUUUUGAUGGCAAGGGAGGGAUCUAUGCAUUUUGCUCAUACCCCUUAAAACAUCAACAAGCACAAUUUUCACGGAUACUUUUGAGAACAUUUCCAGGGAGAGGAUUUGUCAAGGGGACGGCGUCAGGACGGAACAGUAUUUUGUAUAAACUGUCACUCCGUUAAUACAGGAAUAAUCAUGGCUUCAGUGUGGAAGAGACUGCAGCGUGUUGGGAAACAUGCCUCCAAAUUCCAGUUUGUGGCAUCCUACCAGGAACUCGUGGUGGAAUGCACUAAGAAAUGGCAACCGGACAAGCUAGUUGUUGUCUGGACACGUAGAAGCCGAAGGAAAUCUUCCAAGGCUCAUAGCUGGCAACCUGGCAUCAAAAACCCCUAUAGAGGAGUGGUCGUGUGGCCUGUUCCAGAGAACAUUGAGAUUACAGUUACCCUCUUUAAGGAUCCCCACGCUGAAGAGUUUGAAGACAAGGAGUGGACUUUUGUCAUUGAGAAUGAGUCUCCAUCGGGCCGUCGGAAAGCAUUGGCCACCAGCUGCAUUAAUAUGAAGCAGUACGCCAGCGCUAUGCCCACACAGACGGACGUCAAGCUCAAGUUCAAACCACUGUCCAAGAAAGUAGUUUCAGCAACGCUACAGUUCUCUCUGUCCUGUAUCUUUCUGAGAGAAGGCAAAGCCACUGAUGAAGACAUGCAAAGUCUGGCCAGUCUGAUGAGUAUGAAGCAGGCUGAUAUUGGCAAUCUGGAUGAUUUUGAGGAAGAGAACGAGGAAGAUGAGGAGAACAGAGUAAACCAGGAGGAGAAGGCUGCCAAGAUCACAGAGAUUGUGAGACAGCUGAAUGCUCUCAGCUCUCUAGAUGACGAUCCAGAUGACUGCCUAAAGCAAGCAUAUAAACCUGCCUCCUCUUCCGAAGAGCUGAUCAGCAAGUUGAACUUCUUGGAUCAGGAGGACCAAGACCAGAGCAACAUGAGCUCCAACCCCUUCGAUGAAACUAAUGACCCAGUUGACAUUAACCCUUUUGGUGACCCGGAUGAGGAUGAACCAUCCCCUGAGCCUCAAGUGCAGUCCCCUGUCAAAGAUCAUGACUCUGUAUAUGAUCCGAAUACAUCACUCAAUCUCUCAAACCCUUUUGAUGAGCCAGACCUAGAUCCGGAUCCUUCUCAGUAUGGCAACCCAUUUGAUGAACCUGAGCCCCAGCACAAGACAUCUCCACCUAGAAGCAGCAAGAGUAAGAACAUCCGGCCGGUGGACAUGAAAAAGUACCUGUAUGCCGACACUGCCAAAACUGAGGAAGAGGAGCUAGACGAGUCAAACCCGUUCUACGAGCCCAAAUCAUCAAGUGCAGCCAUGCCUGCCGUGCAAAGCAGCACCAAACGUCAUGCCCCUCAGCCUCCGUGUGCUGGCCCCAUCCCUGCCGUGCUCCCCGUGCUCACACCAAAGACUUCAGCCUUAGAGGGAACAGCCUCAACACCUGCCCCGGCACCGUCAGCUGUCGCUGCUGUGAUGGGGAGAGAGUUGGCCUCUUCUUCGCCUAAACCCAGCCCAAUUCCCAGUCCUAUUCUUGGAGGUAGGCCAAAUGCAAGUCAGUCGCUGUUGGCCUGGUGUCGUGAGGUCACAAAGAACUACAGAGGAGUCAAAAUCACCAACUUUACUACUUCUUGGAGAAACGGACUGGCCUUUUGCGCUCUGUUACACCACUUUAGACCUGACUUUAUUGACUACAAGGCUCUCAAUCCUCAAGAUAUUAAAGAAAACAACAAAAAGGCAUACGAUGGCUUUGCCAGUCUGGGAAUCUCUCGCCUUCUGGAGCCAUCUGACAUGGUUCUGCUGGUGAUCCCGGAUAAGCUGACGGUGAUGACAUACCUGUAUCAGAUCCGGGCACAUUUCAGCGGCGAGGAACUCAACGUUGUGCAAAUCGAAGCUAACAGCAGCCGUAGCACGUACAAAGUUGGAGAUUUCGAAACGGACACAAACAGUUCCAUAGACCAGGACAAGUUCUAUGCUGAGCUCAAUGAGUGCCAGCCCGGCAAACUGGGUACUGCAGCGACCAAUGGUGGGCACUCCGAAAGCGUUGAGCAGGAAGUGAUGUCAGUCACGACAAGCAUAGGGUCUGGGUCUUUGUCCGCCUCCCCAGGUGAAGCUCUUAAAGAAGCAGCCCCAUCAUUACGACCUUCUCCGGCAGUUUUAGGUGGCCGUGAUUCUACAGUGACUCCAUCCAUCACAGAAUUUCAUCCACGACCUGCCCAGUGCACAAGAACCACCCUGGAUACCUCCACCAUCCAACCCGUGGCAGAACAGAAAAGACUCCUAAAAGCUGAUACAAUGGAUGUAGGUGACCUGAUGGAGAGAGAAAAAGAGAGAGUACAGCCUGGUGAAUUGAACCCGGCGACACCAGAGACUCCGGGGUGCAGCACCAGCCUCCGGGAUAGUGAGAAAGAAACCAAGUCACCAACGUUACCCGCCGGGCCUUCUGUAGCAAACACACAAAAACUGGGGUUCACUUAUAACAGAGACACUGAUCUUAUCACGAAGAAGAGAGCGGGUUUGCGCCACUCUGAAUCUGACAGCACCUCAGACAGCAGUGCACGAACCAACCACACAAAACAGCGGGAUGUUGUACUUGCCCCAGCAUCUAACACCAGUGAGGAGAAGAAGGUUCUGUCCCGUCAGGAAGAAUUGAAAGAGCGGGCCAGGCUGCUUUUGGAACAGGCCCGUAGAGAUGCUGCAAUGAAGGCCGGAAACAAAAGUGGCACCAAUGCGCAGUCGCCCACGCACACACCGCAGAUUAUCGAUGAGCGUGAUGAGGAACGGCGCAGGCAGCUGCGAGAAAGAGCCAGGCAGCUGAUAGCGGAGGCGCGAUCUGGGGUAAAGAUGGCUGAACUGCCUCUCUACACUGACUCCACCUCUAUUGCCUGUAGUGCAGCUGGGAGCAACUUAAAAGGAAGGUCAAAGACAGCUGGAGAUGUGGUGGAUGGGGUAGGUGUGGAAGGUGAGGAUGAGGAGGGGAGGAGUGAAAAAGAGGCUGCAGCAUCUGUCGCUGAUGAUGUCACUAAUACUAACCAAGAUGAGGAUCUCUUAUCUUCAUGUCUAAUGGAGGAUGAUUUUACUAACUCUGCCAGUGACCUGGCCUCCUUGGGUGUGAUGAACAGCAGGCAUGUGGACCUAAAGCUCAAGAAACUCACAGAGUUUCGGCCACAGGGUGGCAGCUCUCCUUCCACAUCUUCCUCUUCCUCAUCAUUGACAGCAUCUAGUACCUCACCCCUGAGCCCUGAUUCGGGCAGCCUGCAGAAUAAUGUAGAUGACCUGAACGCAGAGCGCCUUCGCAGGGCUACAGAACGUCUGCGCAGUCCCGUCGUUUUCCACAAGGAGUCAGCUGUCAGGAAAACGCAACUCAAAUCGUUCAGCCAAUAUGUAGAGACCAAGCCGGAGGUUAAAAGGCAGAGAUCAGUACCUGAGGAUCUAAAGCGGACAGUCGAGGAGAGAGGGGCUUUGACAGAAACGGAAGGACGAAAGCCAACUGAAGAUGAACAGAAAGCGUUCAAAGACACCAGUCAGUACGUGGUGGGAGAACUGGCGGCGCUGGAGAGCGAGCAGAGGCAGAUCGACACACGAGCCUCGCGCGUGGAGAAGCGUCUGCGCUAUCUCAUGGACACAGGGAAUAACAAGGAAGAGGAGGAAGCCAUGAUGCAGGAAUGGUUCACCCUGGUUAACAAGAAGAACGCUCUGAUCCGCAGGCAAAACCAGCUCUCUCUGCUGGAGAAGGAACAUGAUCUGGAGAGACGCUUUGAGCUGCUGAACCGAGAAUUGAGGGCAAUGCUGGCAAUUGAAGACUGGCAGAAAACAGAGGCGCAAAAGCGCCGAGAGCAGCUCCUGCUGGAUGAGUUGGUCAUUCUGGUCAACAAACGUGAUGCUCUGGUCAGAGACUUGGAUGCCCAGGAGAAAGAAGCUGAAGAAGAAGAUGAGCACCUGGAGAGAACCCUGGAACAGAAUAAAGGCAAGAUGGCAAAGAAAGAGGAGAAGUGUGUUCUUCAAUGACAUUCAUUUCCCAAGCAAAAAUAUGCUAAAGGAGAAAGAAAACUACAUUGUUUUAAAAUAUAUUUGAAGACCACAGCAUACAUUUUAUUAUUAAUCUUUAUGGAAUCUUUUGUUAUGGCUAAGGAACUGGUAAAGGCCAAGAGUUAAGUGAACAAGAGGGAUUUUGUUUUACGUAUGCAAACACAACAAAACAAUAUUAUUACUGUUGUUGUUGUUGUUAUUAUUAAGUUUGGUUUAUUUCAUUUUAUAAACAAGGUACUUAAGAAACUAAUAUUGGAUAAGAUUUAAAGCUGUAAAAAUGUUCAACUUUCUUUGACAGAAUGGUGAAAUUCAUUGUAAUUGUGAAAGUAAAAAGUACAUUUUAAUCUGAACACAGAUUGUGUUUCCCUUUCUUACAGAAAAUUAUAACUUAAGGUUUUUUUCAUCACAUUAGAGGUUUUACGGGAACAUUUUCUGUUGUUGAUUAGGAUUGAAUUUCAAAGUCAUAUUGUAUUUCAGUUUUAAGGAAAUCUAUCAGCAAGUUCUUAUCUAACAAGACCUGCGUGAAAAUUAAAUGUUUAAUUUUUUGACUUUUUUACAUGUAAAAUAUUUUACAAAAAGUAUUUUGUGUUUUAUUGGCCUUUUAUGUUUAAUAUGUUCACCAAACAUUUUACUGCUUGCUAAGUGAAAAAAUAAUGCGAGUGCUUAUGCAAAAUAAACAGUCAUGUUGUACAUUUAAUUUUACUUUUUGAGGCUUGAAAAGCUUGAGAAUUUCUUUAUUUUCAGCAGCAGUCAGGAUCAGAGUAAUUUAUUACUUUUGCCUUUAUUACUGUUUGAGACGUUUUUAAUGUAACCAUCUUCACAAUCCUGUACAUUUGCUUAAGGACUUUGUUCAUAUUUAUUGUAUAGUUAGAAGAGAGGAGGGAAUAAUCAUUUUUUUGUCCGCAUUUUUCAGUCCCACCACGUCUUUAUUAAAUGAGCAUUACCGGUUUAUUUAUUCCACUGUACUAUAAAUAUUACUGUUCAAUAAAACUCAAAUGAUUUCAUACUCGAAUCAAA